AUGCCGAAACAGAUUCUAGAAAUUUCUAACAUGGAAACCUUUGUCUUUCUUCUGAAAGGUCAGCCCGAAGCUUACGAAGUGGUAUCCAAUCAGCACACUCACCCAUCACAAUUAUCAUUAUUUUUUGCAAAGCAAUCCGGGAACGCAGCCUGUUUUCGGAUGAAACGCAGACCCAAUACUGCCAGUCACGGAAUGAUAUCAUGUACACUUCAGGGUGGCAUCGCACCGGAUGAAUCGGUCCUAGGACCCUACGAUGUUAAUGUACUGCACGGAAAAUUAAAUGGCGACGACGACACCUUACCAGACUUGAAGGGUAAUGAACCGAGAAGCUUGAGAAACUGCACUGAGUUAUGCACUCAAGACCAAGAGAAGAGAACGUCACGGCAGGAUAAGUAG